UCGCAACAGCACUGAGAAGAACCUUUUCAUAUUCUUCUAGAUAACUGGCUCAGUGCCUCGGGUUCAAGUUAUGUUGCUAAUUCAAAGUUCCAAAUUUUCAUUUUAAUGGGCAUCAAUAUUGCCUCAUUGUGCUUGGGAAGAAAGAUUUGAGUGCUUUGUAUUGGAAUUUGAAGAAAGACCUUUGUGUGGUUUGAAGAUUAAAGUAUACUCGUCUUCCUUUAUACAAUCUUUUCACAUUCAAAUUUACCAAAUCCAAGGUAUCCACAGUGUAUGAAGCUAUUGAGUACAGACUACAGUAUAGAGAGAUGAAAAGACACAUAUCGUCCAAUCUGCAGCAAGCUCAUUGUAUGGUGAGAUUUUUGAAACAUGGAGUGGUAUGUCACAUAUCAUCAUACAAUUGGAGAGAAGUUUUUUUUUUUUUUUUUUUUUUUUUAAAGUGUAAUGACAUGUGGCAUACCACAUUGUUCGGGGCACACUGAAAAUUUUUUCAUUGGAUGCUCGUACUUCCUUCUCUAAUGGCAUUAUAUAUAUAGGGUUUUCAACAUCGUAUUCAGAUUCAGCUCCAACUCAUUACACUCUAAAAAUCGGGUCAUUUUCAUGGCUAACCGAAAUAUUUGUGGACAAAUAUGAGUCGGGUGGAUUUGAAGCUGGAGGAUACAAAUGGUAAUUCUCCAAUUAUAUCAUCCGCUAAAGUUUUAGUUUAAUAUCAUCUUGUUCAAACUUAUGUUUCACACUCACUGUCAGACAUUAGUUCUAUGACAUUUUCUCUGUAAUGCAAUGAUGUGUUUUCGUGUAUCAUGUGCUGUGUAAGCUGGUUAAAAUAAAAAUGUUAGCCAUACGCCCCAUACUGUAUGUUUGCUCCCAGGAAACUAGUGCUCUACCCGAAUGGGAACAAGAAGAAAAAUGUGGAAGGCCACAUCUCUGUUUACUUGGAAAUGGUUGGAGCUGAUUCACUUCAGACGGGAUGCGAAGUAUAUGUUGAUUUCAGGUUCUUUUUGCUUGAUCAGAAUAAAGGCACGUUCCUGGUUCUUCAAGAUGCCAAUAAAAAGGAACUAUGUUUCCAUGGGAUGAUGCGUUAUUCAGGAUUUGAUAAGCUUAUCACUCUUAAAUCGUUUACUGAUGCUUCCAAUGGAUAUGUCAUUGAUGAUUCCUGUGUGAUUGGAGCUGAGGUCUUUGUUUGUAAAGAAAGAAGAGCUGGCAAAGGAGAGUCAAUAUCGAUGAUCGAGGUUGGUGUUAUGUGCAACCAUGUUUGGAAGGUUGAGAACUUUUCAAAGUUGAGUGCUGACUGCUGCGAUUCAGAACCAUUCACUGCCGGAGAACGAAAAUGGAAGAUACUGCUCUAUCCUGAGGGAAAUGGCGAUGGAAAGGGUACUCAUAUUUCUCUUUUCUUGGAAUUGGAUGAUCCGGAAAAAGUUACUGGUUCCAAAGUAUUUGCAGAGUUUUCCCUGCGCAUUGUAGAUCAAAUGCAUGCCAAACAUGAGUGGUUUAUAGCUAACAACUGGUUCAGUAACUCAACUCGGGAUUGGGGUUGGUCUACGUUCCUUAAACUGGAAACCUUCAAUCAGGCACACAAGGGGUUUCUGUUGAACGAUACUUGCAUAGUGGAGGCAGAGGUCACAAUCCAUGGAAUUGCGGAAGGACUAUAGUCAGCUUGUAUUUGGUUUCGGAUAUUGUGAAAAUGAUGUUAAUUGACUUGUGAAUACAAAUGUGGUUCUGGAUC